GUCGAGAUCACGGAAGCCGUGGCUAAAGUAAUACCGGAUAACGUGGUGUUGGGCGCCAGGAUCACAGUGUCGGACGGCGUGAAAAACGGUUGGGACAUACCGUCGACCGUCGAGUUCGCCAAACAGUUGAAGCCUAAGGGACUGGAUUGGGUUGACUGCAGCGGGUAUAGCGGUCUGACCCCCUGGGACCCCAACAAUCGCAUCGACACCUACGCCGUACAACUGUCCGCCUCCGAGCGCAUCCAGAAAGAGGUGGGACUCGUGACGUCCGUCAUCGGCGGUGUGUUUAGUCCCAAAUACGCCAACCAAUUGGUGGCCAAUGGGACGGCAUCGAUGGUGAUGUUGGGCCGGGCCUUCCUAAACAACCCUCACUGGCCAUACCAUGCGGCAGAUAUGUUGGGCGUCCAACAGCCCGACCUCUUCCCCAAACAUUACGGUUAUGUGAUCUCUAACUCCAAGUUCAGGGAUUUGAUAAUUGAGCAUUUCAGUCCUAAGAUCAUUGAUGACACCCCCAUAGUGUUCCGUAUGCUCAUCGGUCUAACCCUCGGCAUUAUCUAUACAACAGUUGGCCUGUUAUUGAUGUAUUGGAACAGUAGUUUGGACACAUUUCUCUGUAAUAACACUAAUAAUAAUCCAAAAAAUAAGCAAAAGAGGAACCGCUUGAGGACUGGCGGCAAAAACACGACAACAACACCGGCGUUGUUCACGCCGUUGACCAUAAGGGGUGUGACAUUCAGGAACCGGAUAUGUGUGUCGCCGAUGACAAUGAGCGCCAGCGAGAACGGUAUGGCCACUGACUUUCAUUUGGGACACUUGCAGGGUUUCGCAUUAGGCGGCGCCGCACUGGUAGUCGUCGAGGCGACCGCCGUCUCCCCGCAGGGACUCAUUAGUCCCGAAGACAACGGCAUUUGGGGCGACCAACACAUCGCACCGUUAGCCCGGAUUGUCAAACAGAUUAAGGCUUACGGAGGUGUGGCCGGCAUUCAGCUGAACCACUCGGGCCGGAAGGGUAGCUGUAAGACGGGUUGGGAGGGGGGAGACUCCAUUAGGAAUGAGGACGGGGGCUGGGAUACCGUGGCUCCCAGUGCUCUGGCAUAUGAUAGCGAGAGCAUAUGGAAAGUGCCGAAAGCGGCCACCGAUGCAGACAUUGAAGAGAUUAAGAGACAGUUCGUGGCGGCGGCCGAAAGGGCUGUUAAGGCGGGCUUUGAGGUCAUACAGUUGCACUUCGCACAUGGAUAUAUUGUCCACCAAUUCAUGUCUCCGUUGACCAACAAGAGGUCUGACAAAUACGGCGGAAGUCUGCAAAACCGGAUCCGUUUGGGCGUCGAGAUCACGGAAGCCGUGGCUAAAGUAAUACCGGAUAACGUGGUGUUGGGCGCCAGGAUCACAGUGUCGGACGGCGUGAAAAACGGUUGGGACAUACCGUCGACCGUCGAGUUCGCCAAA